AUGAACAAUUUGUGGGAUCAAAUUCGACGGUCUCAGGAUGAGGAUGAUGAAGAGAUGAUGGCCACCAACGCUAUUGUCAUGGCUGCAGUCGCUCAAGAAUCUGGAAACCAACACCGAGGGCGCGGUUCUCAUCCGGGUCGUGCACCAAAUGAGGAACGAUUUAGAGAAGAAAGGGGCAAAGGUAUGUUGGCCGACUACUUUGUCAACCGGCCAGUGUUCAAAGAUGCGGAGUUCCGAACACGUUACAGGAUGAGUCUCAAUCUCUUCCAGCGUAUAUCUACUGACCUUUGCCAGUAUGAUCGUUACUUUGUUCAAAGGUCAGAUGCUACUGGCAAAGUCGGACUGCUUCCGGAGCAGAAGAUGACAGCUGCCUUGCGAAUGCUUGCGUACGGUGCAGGGGCAGAUCAAUGUGCUGAGUAUUGUAGGAUGGCGAAAUCCACAUCCGUUGCAGCCCUUCAGCACUUCACACGAGGAAUUGUUGAUCUUUACUCAAAAAAUACCUCCGCGCUCCAACUGCAGCCGACCUCAGACGACUUCUUACCAAAGCUGAGAGGAGAGGUUUUCCAGGAAUGA